AGAAUUUGGAAUGCCUGGCCAGUCUGGAGUCGAUUGUUGCAGCCAACGCAGUGGCAAAUUGGCGGCGUCCAGCCAAUGUUACUCGCAAAAGUCGGAACGUCUCCGUCCAACAAGUGAUUGUGAUUCCCACCCCAGCGGAUGAACCACCCUUUCAUAAAUUGAACCGAUGCCCGAAACCGCCGAUCAUGUGAGGUUUGAGCGUUGUACAUCCUGGCAAGCACCUCGCCCAGUCAAGGUCUCGCCAUUGUCGCUUGACCACUUCAUCCUAUUUAUUCUCCUGCCAGGGGCUUUUUGUUGUCUUGCGCCUGCGCGAUUGGAUUUGCCCGCCUGCCUUUUUGUCCCAACAUGGCGCCGUUCCGCAACUUCUUGUCGAGAAAGUCCGCUGCCCCCAAUGGCGGGGAAGUCAGUGCCGCUUCCAACGACAGCACGCUUAGCCAUGUCUCACUUGAAACUCAUGGUUCGACUUCCGUGAGCUUCAGGAAAAGUUCCGAAAAUGAGCCACCCGAAUAUAAACUAAGUGUCGUCGACGCCAAUGGAAUCUACCAUCCCCCAUCCCCUCCGGAGAAACCGGGCUUUUGGCGCAAGUACCCCGGCUCUCCUAGGUCUUCGCACCAUCGCGACCUCGUAGAUGAGAAUGAACCCUUCUCGAUAUCUCGAGAAUCAUUCGAUUCAUAUCGCCGGUCAUUUGAUAUCUCCGCCCGGUCCCCCGUAUGCUACUCCGAUGCGAUGCCGUCUCGGACAUCGCUUGACUCUCGAGUUUCUCGCAUGACAUCACCACCAUCUACGCUGUACACAGGCUUGGGCAAACAACCAGAAACCAUGGAGGAAGAGCAAUUCGAGGAGGUCGGGCUCGACGACGAAGAGGUCAAACCGAAGCGGAAGAGCAUCUUCUCUCGAUUCGGCGACUUUACGAGCGAUUCCCAGAACUCCGGCACUUCCAAAACAUCAUCUCUCGGCUUUCACAUCCCGGGCCGUAAGAGGGGACCAAGCACUGUGGGUUCAGAACUAGGCACUUUCAAAGCACCGCCGGCCAAUGCGGAAUCGGAGAUGCAGGAUGCGUGAUACGAGUACGGGUGUGUAACUAUAUACUGGGUAAUUCAAUAAUCUGUAGGCGUCUGGGGGGCACCAUUGUGGGUUUUCAUCCAAUCACCCUCGACAACUGGUUGCUUGCGUGUUCGUGGCAUGGUUUUGGCUUAAUCGCAUUGCGCGCUGUCAAAGGUAGUUUGUGAUGCUUUUUCUUGAUUCUCUUUUGAUAAAUCGAUAGAGAUUAUUGCAUGCUUUUUUUUGUAUAAAAUCAGAAGCAAUAAAUCAACAAUGCGCC